AUGGAACAGCCAACCCAAACCCAACACUGGGUUCUCCGCAAGAAGCCCUAUGGAGAGCCCAUACUAAACGGAGACCAGUCGACGUUUGCGUUGGAAACAGCUGAGAUCCCAGCACUGCAGGAAGGCGAGGUCCUCUUGAAAACCCUGUAUUUGAGCAACGAUCCCACGCAGCGAUCGUGGAUCUCGCCUCUGGCCCAAGCAGAGCGACUGUAUCUGCCGCCGGUGCAGGAGGGCGAGCCCAUGAAAUCUAUGGGCAUUUCCCAGGUGGUGGAGUCUCGCAGCCCUGAAGUCGCUACGGGAAGUCUAGUGCUGGGGAUUCCGGGCUGGACUGAGUAUUCGGUCACUGAGGCUCAGAAUGUCUCGGUCAUUGAUUCUCUGCCAGAACUGCCAAUAACGCACUUCCUGGGAGCGCUGGGGCUACCGGGGUUCACGGCAUACUAUGCCCUAACACAAAUCGUCAAGGCGACGCAGACUGAUGCGAUUGUUAUCAGCGGGGCGGCUGGUGCUGUCGGCACGAUGGCUGUUCAGAUUUCCAAAAAGAUGAUCGGGUGUCGAAAGGUGAUCGGGAUUGCAGGCACUGACGCAAAGUGUCGAUGGGUGGAAAAGCUUGGGGCAGAUGUCUGCCUCAAUUACAAGUCGCCCUCGUUCAAGCAGGAGCUCACCCAGGAAACCGAAGGCUUUGUGGAGAUCUACUUUGACAACGUCGGUGGCGAAAUCUUGGAUUUCAUGCUCACUAGAAUGACCAAGUUUGGUCGUGUCGCAGCCAGUGGUGCCAUUUCGAACUACAACCGCGACGCUGAUAUCAUCGGGCUGAAGAACUUCUAUGAGGUCGUCACCAUGCGCCUACAGAUCCUGGGAUUUAUCAGUAUCGACUGGAUUAAACAUCUUCCCGAGGUGCAAGCGUUGCUCAUCGAUGAAUGGAAGAAGGAUAACCUGAUUAUCAGCGAGGAAAGUGAAAUGGUUGUUGACACGGAGUUUGCUGAUAUCCCUCGCACCUGGAUGAUGCUAUACUCCGGGGGAAACACGGGCAAGCUGGUCACGAAGCUGAGAUAA